AUGCUGCGACGAGUCCUCUCCCCUAUCGGCGUCGUCUCGUGUUUGCUGGUGUUGCAAGCGUGUCACGCGCGGGAACCGAGCGUUUUACGCGUUCGUCGCGAUGGCGAAAUGACGGAGGACAACGCGCCGGAGGAUUCGACGACGACCGUUCAGAAUUCGAGCGAUCAAGAUUCGGAGAGCGACCUGGCGCCGGCAGCUACGGGUCAUCAGGGUCAUCAUCACGAGUCGGGGGGCGGUCAGAGUCAUCGGGCGGAUCAUCACGAGGAGCACGCCGCGAAAGGAGACAAAGGAUACAAGAGUCAUCAUCAUCACGAUAAGAACGACAAGGGUGAACACGAUAAAGAACACCACUCCGGCCACCACGAGGAGCAUGGAGGUCACAAGAAAGGUCAUCACGACGAGCACGAGAAGUACGGGGAGCAUCACGAAGGCGAGAAGGGACACAAGGGCGGGAAAUUCGGGGAGAAGAAGGGGCACAAGAAGGGGCACAAAACCAAGGGCUAUCACAACAAGUUCCACAAGGACGAGUAUCACAAGGAGCACAAGUUCUACGACGACUACCAUAAAGGAGGCCACCAUAAGAAGCACGGGGACUUCCACGGGCACCACGAGAAGAAGGAGGGUGAACACAAGAAGGGCGGUCAUCAACAUUCCGGUUAUCACGAGGACCAUCAGGGCAAGAAGGGACACCACGAUAAGGGCCACGUUGACGAACAGCAUAAGGGUCAUCAUGGCAAGCACGGUCACGACGAUCAUUAUAGCCAUCAUGAUUCUUACGGGAAGAAGGGUGACCAACAAUCUGGGAAGAAGUUUGGGUACGGCAAGGGGCACAAAGGCUGA